GUAGCGUGUACUGGUGGGUGUCGUUAAUAGCCGUGUGUUCGGCUGACACAUGGCGCUUCCCAGAGAAGACAGCGAGAGCGGCGCGCAUCGAGUCCAAAGUAAAGUUCAGCGAGCCCCCUAUCAACAGUAAUCAAAACUUCCUACCUAACAGAGGGAAUAUCCCGAACAAUGCAGUGCCGAAUGAUUUAAUAGACCAAGCGGCGUCCCAGAACUUCUACUAUCAGCCGGGCGGCGGGCACUACGGGGACGUGGUCCGACCACCGCAAGGGAAGAAGGUACCCUUUCUCAUGCACCAGACCACGGAGAAACAAAUAUUCGAUAAACCCGUGCAUGAAACGGAAUCCGACGGUACCCUGGACUCCCUGGACCGCUGCAUGUGCAGGCAGAAACGGGACUGCAUGCAGCGACUGACCAAUGCGCGCGUGUGCGGUCCGAAUAUGAAAUUGUGUUGCUUCACUGACCACAAUCCUUCAGCCGUGAACCGAGCAGAGUACUUCAACGAGCUAGUAGACGAGCGCCCCAUGCUGCUACCGGGCCGUGCGCUUAACAGCGGGCCCUUCCCGCCUCCCCCCGACUCCGUGCUCACCGGUGCCGGCAAGUUCGCGCCCGGCAGAGCCCCUGAUGCCAUGCUGCUCGCUGCGCUCGACAUGUACCGCGCCCAGCCCGCCCCUACCCGCUCGCGUCUAGGGGCUCUGCUACCAGCUCGCAAACACGUUCCCACGCCGCAGCUCAACCGGCCUGUGCUUAUCGGCACCGGAGGCCCCAACGCGCUGCACCGUGCCGGCACGCACAUGGUGCCCAAAACUAACUACAUACCACCUGACAGCAAAAGACCGAUUCUCGUCGGUGCCGAAGGACCUACCGGAGUUGUAGGAUCCUACAGAAUCGGCCCGCAAAGUCAGCACCCGAAGCCUUUGGUUAUCAACGACGAGAGACCGGGACUAGCGAACCCCAAUGGACAGAAUUACGAAGGCAGUCUCAUUCCGUACAGUUUGCAGCAGGACUUGCACCCGAGCCAGUCCGCCCAGAGACCGAUCCUUGUCGGCCCCGGAGGCCCAACCGGCGUUAUUGGGCCGGAGUACAAUCAGCGACCGAUUCUGGUAGGUCCAGGCGGACCCACGGGCUUGAUCGGACCGCGCAGGCCUAUCUUGGUUGGUCUCGGGGGACAACCGGGUAUGAUCGGACCAAACUACAUGCCGACAGCGAAGCCAGGCGUCCGACGACCUGUGCUGGUGGGCCCCGGCGGACCGACGGGGGUCAUAGGACCCUACAGGAUAUAUUUUAAGUAACGUAGUGUUAGCUGUUAUUGUUAAUUUCUUUUAUUAACACGACUGCAAGCCAACCGCGGUCCUAUAGGAUUGUUUUAAUGUAAAUAAUUUAACAAAUAAAACUUUAAUUCGAUAAAGAAAUAUUUUAAUACCAAAAUGUAAAAAGUUUAAUAAUAUUAAAAAAAACUAUGUAUUUUGUUUUGAAAGCUGGACAGAGAUGCGAACCGACUCUAGUCCAUGAACACAAACUAGCGAAAAAACAUCCAGUGUAAAAAAAACUAAUACAUAAUUAAAUAAAAUCUUAAGUUACCUAA